GGGUCACUGGUUACUGGUCACUGGUCGCUGGUGGACCCCCCCCAAAAAAACUCUCCCCCCAAUCUAUCCACUCACAUGUCACUUUACUCACGACCACAAUCCCCAUUUGGUGCCAAUUGCACAACUCGAAUUAAUUGAGAUCCUUCCUAUUUACCAUCACCAGUAUCCCCAAGCAACACUCACACCUACCCGCACCCUCACCCUCACCCUCACCCGCACUCUCUCACUUACACCCUCGAUCAUUACUGCACGCAACAACAUUAUGCCAUCGCAACUCUUUUCUCCACCUGCACCCAUUUGACAUCCUUUUAUUCAUGUGCCCGCCGAUGUAUAUUUAUUAAGCUCUUUAAUCCUCUCCAGUCUUGCCACACUAAAUCCAUAAUCCAUACAACUCCAGAUGAGAUCGCCGGUAUCGUCAGUGAUUCUAUUAGGUGCUAGUUCUUCUAUCUCAGCAAGGGAAUUCUUGGAAGACCCGCAUCACAACUCCCGAUGAAGACCUCUUCGAGACCUCGAGAACAACUUGGGGGGAGUUUUGCACCUAGACGGGAUCCACGAAUUUCUAUCAACGAUCCAAACCAUCAUGUAACGGAGGCUAUUGGGGACAUGUAUGGGGAUGAUGACUAUUCAAAACAAGAUUCACGACCUCUAAGCUUUAUGCCCUCCUCUUCCAGUGAGUCUAUCGAAGAAAUAACGAAUUCAUUUUACGACACAAACAGCAGCAUUAGACCCAGACCAGUACCCUUAGCAAAUGGAAACCACAAAGCGCAUACAUCACCAGCAAUCAUGCAAAGUCCCAGGAGUCCAACAUUUGGAGAUGGAGGUCCAAUAUCGCCAUCUUUGUCCUUACGUGAUCCUAAUGCAGGAGGUACUGCAAAUGCGGAGUUCCCGCUGAACGAUAUCGACUAUGAAUCCGGGCCAGCUGCUGUCGCACAAGAGCUAAGUAAUUUGCAAGCGUUACGGCGAAUGUCUAUGGAUGUGGGCAAUACCAGUGAUCCGGAUCUGCCGUCGUUCCAAGGCGUGUCUUCAAUGCCCACAGCAGCUCCAACAGGAAACGACAACGAGGACGAUCCAUCGCGACUUUUUUGGGUACCUGCCAGAGUCCACCCCGAGCUGGCACCCAUGGAAUUCAAAACCUUUCUGGAGAACCGUGUUCAAUCAAUAAAAAGACGAUCUGGUGAUCAAACUUCAUUAACGGCUAAUGGAGUCGAUCAGAGUGGGUCGGGGGCAGGAUUGAGGAGGAAGAAAUCUAUGUUGUCAAGGCAGAUUGAUAAUUCGGGUGGUAAGGGAGCUAUAGGGUACCAAGAUGGGGCGGAACACUUAGAGAGGAAAAAGUCUUUAUCGUCACAUCACACGCCCGAUAUCAGAAUCUCGGAUCUUCAGGAAUUGGACGAGCUGGUAAAGGAUCCUUCAAAAGCAAUGCAGAAAUUGAAUCUCGAUACGGGAAGAGGUGAAGGUGUUCAAGGUGAAGAUUUACCUAUCUUACCCCAAGCGCCCGGGAUUGGUCUAAGGAGGUCCACACACACGACAUACAGGAGGGGAAGCUUGAGAAAGGGAGAGCGAGUUCCAUUUUCAAAAAGGGCUGGCUCUAUUCGAGCUGAUACGGACGGAGGAGAUUCACCAACGGCUUCGCCGAUUGAUGGGCGUCCAUCUGCAGGCUACCCUCUUACACACACCCAAUCGGAGCCUUCAGGUAACACGGAUAAUUUUUCGAGACCCAACAGAAGUGCACGGCGUAUGCAGAACAUCGAGCAGGUUCCACCGGUUCCUCCAAUUCCGGGAAACGUUGCCAACGAAGUGCCUACACGAUCUGAUUCUCCAGCUUCAACAUUACCUGCAGAGAUAUUACCCAACGCCAGUCAACAGCCUCCCUCCCCUGCUCAAGAUGCAACUCGAUCAAGGAGUACUAGUCAUCCUCGAACGGAUUCGCCAGUCCCACGUAUAGUAGAGACACCACCUCCGGUAGAAGAAACUCCAGAGCCACAAGUGGGCAAGCAAACUCUCCAGUACCCCGAAAGAACAUCUUCACAGACUACGCCAGUUUCACCGAAACAGCACGCUUCGCCAGCAAUUCCUCAAGCGGCUCCUCAAGAGGCUCCUCAAGCAGCUCCCCAAGCGGCUCCUCAGUCUAUUCCAGAACCUCCAGCGAGAUCAGCCAAACGUCCGGUAUUGGAGCGUCAAGGUUCUUCCGGUGGUGCCAGUCUCCCAAAGACAUCAACAGCAAACGAAAUGCCUCAACAUCAGCAAUCUUCUUCGCUUCCGGUGAACUCUUUGAGAACGGAUACGCUCACUCACAUUCCAACCUUUGAUGAUAAGAAGACCGACAAGAAAGGUAAAAAGGAGAGAGAGGAGGAAAACUCCGGGCCUCGGAAGACUAGUUGGGGUUGGUUUAAAGGGAGUGAUGAAAAGGACAAGAAGGACAAGAAGAAAGAUGAUAAGAAUAAAGCCAAGGUUUCAUCGGAGAAAGUGCAUGAUAAUGCUCGAUUGGAUGUUUUGCAAUCCACCAUGGAGACAACUACGAGAGGCCGGGAAAGUUUCUUAGUCGAGAGAGAUAAUGUUGAUAAUAAACUCGAAAAUGAACGGAAGAAAGAAAGUAGUCGUAAAGCUGGCGGAGAGCCUAAAAAGGAGAAGGACGGCAUCUUCUCGUCCCUUUUUGGUGGUGGAAAGAAGAAAGCCGAUCGAGAUUCAGGAGGCAAAAAAGGAAGUUCACUUCGCACUAUUUCGCCGGAACCACCGCAGCGUAUCUUGAAGCCAGACAUUGAUUACAACUGGACAAGAUUUUCAAUAAUGGAAGAAAGGGCAAUUUAUCGCAUGGCUCACAUCAAAUUGGCUAACCCUAAACGGGCAUUAUACAGUCAGGUUCUGCUUAGCAACUUCAUGUAUUCGUAUUUGGCCAAGGUUCAACAAAUGCAUCCACAUAUGCAAGUACCUCAAUCUGUACAACAGAAGAAGGCAGAGGCGGAGAGAAAGCAGAAGGAGCAAGAACAAAAAUAUCUAGAGCAACAAGAACAGUUGAGACAACAACAGCAGCAGCAGCAGCAGCAGCAGCAACAACAAGAGGGUGACCAAUAUCGUUACGAUUACCACCAGGGCAUCACUCAAUACGCUGAGCAAUCCCAAAAUCCCAACCAUUCUGGUGAAGCUGUUAAUUAUGUUGACGACUCUCAAAUAUAUGAUUACGAUCAUCAAGGUGGCGAGUCCGAGCAGAACCACAAUCGUCCACAAUCUCGCACCGGUCAAAACAAUAGUGAGAAUGGUUAUAAUGAUCAGAAUCAGAAGUACUACGAUUAUGGGCGAACACAAUCACAUGAUCAAGCAGCCGACGACGGUGAGAUGUGGUAGCACAAGUAAGCUCUCUUGUUGUAGCAAAAAUUAUCUCGGGGGUCUCCUUUUAUGCAUAUAACGAUGGAGUACAGGCGCUGUUUCGUAUCUGGAUGGAUGAUUGUGGUAUUGGGAAGGAAACUAAUUGAUUGGAAGCAUAGCGCCGGGUUGUCUGUUGCGGUUUCCCUUGACAUGGGAUUCUUCAACCCCUUUUUUUUAUGUCACAAUCUGCUACACUUACAGACAGUAAGUGUGCAAUUGUUUAUAUGUACAACAAGAAAUUAGCUCUUGCCUCUAUGAAAGCAAGUAGAUUAGGUCCGGCUUCAAUAUCCAGAGCUUGGAUGCUGAUCCA